AUGAGUCAAGGAUCUAACAGCAGCGGUGGAGGCGCGGGCGGAGGUGGUGUGGUGUGGGUGACUCCGCUCCUGGGUGCCACUCUGGUGAGCAUGUGUAUUUUGGGCGUGGCGGGUAACCUGUACACCCUGGCAAUAAUGCGCUCAGCCACGUUACGGCGGGCCGGAUCCAUGUACGUCUUCAUUCUCAACCUGGCGACCGCUGACCUGCUCUAUCUGGGCACCAUCCCGUUCGUGGUGUGCACGUACUUCGCCCAUGAUUGGUUUUUUGGGGAAAUGGGCUGCAGGCUGCUCUUGAGUCUGGAUCUUCUCACCAUGCACGCCAGCGUGUUCGUGUUGGUGGUGAUGAGUCUGGAGCGUUACCGUGCCGUCGCCGCCCCUUUCGGAGCACGCCGCUCAACCGCCCGCGAACACUGGCUGAUGGCGUCGGGCAUCUGGGCGGCGGCGUUGGUCCUGACGCUGCCCAUGAUGGUGAUGAUCCGGUUGAAAGAGGGCCGUCCGGCCGGGGCUGGACUGGUCAAACGCAUCUGCUUCCCCACCUGGACCCCCGAGGCCUUUAAAGCCUAUCUCACGGCCCUGUUCUUCACCAGCAUGCUUCUGCCCGGUCUGCUGAUGGUGGGACUGUACGCCUGUCUCGCCCGACACUACUGGGCAGCUCAGAACAGUCUGGCACAGCGAGGGGCGAGCUGGAGUCGAUCUUCGUCCUCGUCAUUGAGGAGACGCAGACUGAAGCGGCUCGUUGUGGGCAUGAUCUUCAGUAUCGUGGUGGCAUACUGGACGUGUUUUCUGCCGUUCUGGGGCUGGCAGAUGGCGAACCUCUUUUCAUCCGAGUCCUUGCGCUCGCUGUCACCUGCCGCUAACAUGUACGUCAACUUCUUCGUCACCUGUCUGACGUACGGCAACAGCUGCGUGAACCCGCUGCUCUACACGCUACUGACACGCAACUACCGUGAUUACCUGAUCCAGAGAUCUCAAUCGUCAGGUGUGAGUCGAGCUGAUCAGGGGUCAGGAAAUGCACUUCAGGAUCAGAUGAGCUGA